GCUGCCUGUGUGCGCAGGGCGCUGGCGGCCAUAGCCAGGCUGCCUGAGGGCGAAGGGGAGGCCAUAUUAGGCGCACAGCCUGGGUAGAGAGGUGUGUGCCGGAAGGCUAAGACGACAUUAUGCCGUGGUGACAAGCGGAAUGUAUGAUUGGUGAUGAGAGCAUGCUGAUGUGGCAUUCGGCUGAGGUGGCACUCCAUUGCGUUGUGGGUGGUACCGAGGCCAAGACCGGUCAUCAAAUACACACUCAACUCAAUUGGAUUUUCGAAGAUGUCGAAGUGGGGUUCAUGCUCGUUGGCCAUACGCAUACCGACAUAGACGCGACUUUUAGUGUUUUCUCGAAAAAACUGAAGGACAACGAUGCUUACACCAUGAAGCAGUUGUUCUCGCUUAUCGAGUCAUCGCACAAGAUACCGCCGAAGUGCAUUGAGCUCGAUCACAUUGCCGAUUGGCACCGGGUAGUGGAUCGAUACGUCGAUAGAACCAUCGUCGGCGUAUCGAAACCGCACCUCUUCAAAUUUUUCAUGCGUGACGGCAGUCCCGUCAUUGUGUACAAGAAGUACUGUACCAAUGCGGAAUGGACGCCGGAAGGCAGACCAGUUCACUGGUUUCCGGUUGUCGAUGGCCAGUAUGCAGGCCCUUCCUCCCCUCCACAACCAUGUGUUAUUCCCCGUGCCGCUAAAGACGAUUUUCGGAUGGCUCGUGACAGUGUCCAAAAAUUUGUGGACGUCCUCAAACAGCAUAGACACAUGUGGCAAACAUAUAGGAAGGAGGAGGUCGACAAGCGGGAGGAUGCUUUGUCUUACUGGAAAGCCAUCUUCGUCGAGGCGGACGACAUGAUCCAAAAGCAAAAGAAGAAGGAGACGGAAGAGGGUGAGGAAAAGGAUGUCCUCGGGGCGCACGAGCCGGAGAUCUACCCUCACGCCUUCUGGCCACAAUCAGUCGAAACUGCGGACGAAGUUCAAGAAGUCGAUCCUCCUUCGCCAGAUGCUUCGCUUAUAUAUGUAGGACCGAGGGCGGGUUGUCCAAAAGUGGACUUCGACCCUUGGUGCCAUAUAAACAAAGGUGAUUUUCUGAUUGUUAGGCCGCCUGAUGAGGAACUGUCUCAAGGUGUCCCGUUCUGGGUUGGCAGAGCACAGUCCGAGGUUGUGGACGACCGUUCCUCACCGCAUUUUUGGUUGUUUACGUAUAUAGUGGGAUCCAAGUUCAAGGCGGUCAUGUCUCGCCCAGAUGUAGAUGGGCGGUCAGACUUGGUGAGAGUAGGUCAGAGCCACUAUGAUUAUGGGAUGCGUGCUGUCAUUUCUGUACUGAGAGCAGCUGGAGCUGUCAAGCAGAAAUAUGCUGAAGACAUGCAAGAAGGGGUUCUGAUGCUGAAGGCAAUCAGGGAUGUGAACAUCCCGAAGUUCCUAGGCCAUGAUAUCCCACUCUUCGAGGGCAUCUUGAUGGAUUUGUUCCCAGGAGUGGUAUUGCCAGUGCCAACAUAUCAAGUUAUGAAAAACAUGCUUUUGGGUAACUGCAAGAAGCUGAACCUUCAGCCCACGCCUCUCUUCUUGGAAAAGCUCCAGCUUCCUUCAUUGCGCGAUCGGCGUCCAUCUCCAGCCGUCCGGUUUGGCAGUCCGGUGGAACUUCGGCGGAGUCUGUCACCAUCCUCGACGGCUCGUUUCGCAGCGAUGGAGGGCGGUGACAGUGACGACGGUGGGAAGCUGACGACAACGGAGAGUGGAGAGGACUGCAGGGAGAAUGAAAGCGCAGAUCCGUGCGCAGAGGAGGAAGGUCAUGUAGUGCACGGGGUGCAAGGGUUGGACACCGCCGCCAUCUGCGAUGCCGUCGUUCAGGUCUUCUACGCCUUGGGUUGCGGAGUUCUUCCCAGAGCAGCACCCCGGUGGUGGAUUAAAAGAAGGACGGGGGGGGCGUGGGAGGAUCUGCGGCAAUGUGACGAUGCCACGGAGUACUUUCGGGAUAAGCUGCACAUGUCGCCACAUGUCUUCCGGGAGAUUCCGGAAGCUUUGUCGUCGUUCCUGCAGCGCCGUGUAACGUUCUACAGGGAACCCCUUCCGCCUGAUCACAUUGUCAUGUACGCAUUGUACCGGUGGCCGUCGGGGGAGACGUAAGAGAGCAACAUGUGUAACUUCGGCAUCGGUAGAGCAUCA